UAGAUGAGAAAGAAAAAGUCUUAAAAAUUAGUACUGAUGCAGCCACCCCAACUGGCAGUGACUUCACUUAUAUAUGUGAUCCUGCCAGAUAUGCCAAACUCAAACUGGACAUGAAAAGUUUCGCCUUUUGUGACUCGAAGCUUCCCUACAAUGUUAGGGCCAAAGAUUUGGUGGAUCAAAUGACACUAGCUGAAAAGAUAGCACAGCUAGGAAACAAUGCUGAUGGAGUGGCUAGAUUAGGGCUGCCAAAGUACGAGUGGUGGUCUGAGGCGCUGCAUGGUCUGUCCAAUGUUGGUCCAGGAACCGUCUUUGAUAAUCUAGUUCCUCAUGCAACCAGCUUUCCCACUGUCAUACUCACAGCAGCUUCAUUCAACGAGAAAAGCUGGAGAGAAAUUGGUCAGGUUGUUUCAACAGAAGCACGAGCAAUGUACAAUCUUGGGCGAUCUGGAUUAACAUUUUGGAGCCCAACCAUCAACGUUGCAAGAGAUCCUAGAUGGGGAAGAAUCACUGAGACACCUGGUGAAGAUCCUUUCAUUGUUGGCACAUAUGCGUCUAAUUACGUGAGAGGUUUACAAGAUGUUGCAGGGACAGAGCACUAUAAAGAUUUGAAUACUAGACCACUCAAAGUUGCUGCAUGUUGCAAGCACUUUGCUGCAUAUGACGUUGACAAUUGGCAUGGAGUUGAUCGCUACCAUUUUGAUGCUAGGGUGACAGAGCAAGAUUUGGAAGAGUCAUUCCUGCGGCCAUUUGAAAUGUGUGUUAAAGAUGGUGAUGCUAGCAGUGUUAUGUGUUCUUAUAACCGUGUUAAUGGAAUACCAUCUUGUGCUGAUCCAAAGCUUUUGAGAGAGACCCUUAGACAAGAAUGGAAUCUUCAUGGCUAUAUAGUUGCUGAUUGUGAUUCCGUCGAAGUAAUGGUAACGGGUCACAAAUUUCUUAACGACUCAAAUGAGGACGCCGUUGCACAAACACUAAAAGCAGGAUUGGAUUUGGACUGCGGAGCCUAUUACCCCAAGUACCUCGGAAAUGCAGUGAACCAAGGGAAGGUUGGAGAGUCAAAUAUAGACGAGGCACUACAAAACCUUUAUAUUGUGCUUUUGAGAGCAGGGUACUUUGAUGGACUGCCUGCAUACAAAGCUCUUGGUAAAAACGACAUAUGCACCAACAGAAGCAUUGAGUUAGCCACUCAAGUAGCAAGAGAAGGAAUUACUCUUCUGAAAAAUGAUGGACCAACUUUGCCUUUAAACACUGCCACGUUCAAAACUCUAGCAGUUGUUGGACCACAUGCCAAUUCUACCGUUGCUAUGAUUGGAAAUUAUGCAUUUGACCCAAGAAAUCCUGGUAGUCCAUGCCGAUACACCUCUCCUAUUGAUGGCUUUUCAACAUAUGGAAAAGUGAACUACGCAGCGGGAUGUGGCGACGUUAAAUGCAGGGAUGCUAGCUUAAUACCCCCAGCUGUGGAAGCUGCAAAGACAGCUGAUGCCACUAUUAUUGUGACAGGGUUAGAUUUAUCAAUUGAGGCAGAGGGCUUAGACAGGUUGGAUCUCCUCCUUCCAGGAAAACAAACUGACCUUAUCAACCAAGUUGCCGCUGCUGCAAAGGGCCCGGUUAUUCUUGUACUCAUGACUGCAGGAGGUGUCGAUAUCUCUUUCGCUAAGACUAACCCCAAAAUUAAAGCCAUUCUUUGGGUUGGAUAUCCUGGAGCGGAAGGCGGUCGUGCCAUUGCAGAUGUUGUUUUUGGGCAAUACAAUCCAGCUGGAAGAUUGCCCAUCACGUGGUAUCAAGCCGAUUAUAUUAACAAGCUACCCCUAACAUCCAUGCAAUUUAGGCCAGAUGAUAGCCAAGGCUACCCGGGACGAACAUACAAAUUCUUCAAUGGCCCCACAGUCUUCCCUUUUGGUUUUGGUCUCAGCUACACAAAAUUCAAUUACACCUUAAAUGCCACAGUGCCUUCACUGUCCGCAAAAUUGCAGAGAUUGACACACUGCCAUGAUCUAAAUUAUAUGGCUAACAAGACCAAGCCUACUUGCCCAGCAAUUUUAGUAAGCGACUUGCAAUGCGGCGAGUAUAUUGAGUUAACUCUUGUAGUCCAGAAUGUGGGUGGAAAAGUUGGGAGUGAAGUUGUCUUGGUUUACUCCAACCCCCCAGAUGGUAUUACUGGUACUUUUCUUAAGCAGUUGAUUGGUUUCCAGAGGGUUUACAUAGCGGCUGGUGCGAGCCAAGAAGUUAAGUUUGUGUUCAAUGGUUGCAAGAGCUUGGGCAUUGUAGACAACGCUGGUAAUAAUAUUUUGCCUUUCGGUGGGCACACCAUUAUAGUUGGAGAUGGUGUAGCUUCUUUUCCGGUUCAAGUCACAUUUCAUAAUUAG